UUUAUUUUACUUGUUAAACUAAAUAUAUAAAAUUACUUUUCUCAACUUAAAUAAUUGGUCAAUCAUUCAGAUUUAUCAUUUUGGAAAAAAUAUGCAUUACGGAUUACAAAUAAUUCUGUGUGUUGGACUUAUAUUUUCAACAACAGCAGUAUUAAUUACUGAUAUCAACAUUGAUAUUAUUAAAGAUUUAUCAUUUAACAAUUUACAAGGAGCAAAAAAUGAAUUUUAUAAGUGUGCUGUUAAUUUAGACAUAAAUGCACACAUAAAAAAAGAUAUAUUUAAUGAAUUUUUAACUACAUUGAAGGAUGACAUAAUUUUCCGUGAAAUACAUCCAAGUGAAACGAGUAUAAAAAUAUUAAAAUUUUUAAAUUUAAAUAAAUUCUAUAAUUCAGAAGAGUUUGAAAAUUGUUGUACUAUUUUCCACUCAAGUUUGUUCAAAGUUGAAAAACCCAUGUUCGAGGAAAGUGACGAUAUGAAUAUUGUAAUAUAUUUGCGGUUUGCAAAAUCAUUCGAUACAAUGUGUGAUUGUCUAGAAUACUAUAACACUACAGAAAAACUUAUCGAAGAUGCCAGAUUACACGAUAAACCGGAACCAUAUUCAUGUAGGGAAGAAUAUUCACAAAAGAAACGUCAACAAUAUUUACGGGAAUAUACAAUAUAUUAUUUGAAUAAAGUCAUAUCUGGUGAUAUUACUCCAAAUGAAAUGGUUAUUGAAAUAAAAGAGUACUUACAUCAAUAUAUUGACACUGAUCCUUUCGCAACUUAUUGUAGUGCUGUUUAUUACACAAGUUUGAUUUCUAACGUUGACGAUUUAAAGAAUUUAUUGAAAGAUAUUGAAAUCUUUAAAAAAACAGACGGUUAUAUCAAACAAGAUUUUUUAAUAUCAUGUUGAUUUUUUGAAUAUUUGUGAAAGUAUUUUAAGAAUUUACUAUAAAA